AUAAAUCAGCUAACCUGCCCAUGUUCUACCUCACUUGAUUCAACCUCACAUCUUGCGCUAGCAGCAACUCAAGCAACGCCACAAAAACCACAAAAUGAAGGCCUUCAUCAUCUUCACCCUCUUCGCUCUCCUCGGCGGUUCCCAGGCCAGUCUCCUGGACGAACUGGCCGCUGCCACCACCGCCGCUUUCCAGGGUAUCCUCGACGAGGCUCAGCAGACCGCCCAGAACCUCGUCGACACCUACGUGCCCGUCCUCGGCCAGGCCGCCCAGCAGCUGGUGGGAGAAGCCAUCCAGUCGGCAGGAGAGUCGCUGACCGGCCUGAUCAGCGGCACCAAGCGCCAGGCUGACCUGCAGACCGAGAUCGGACAGAUCCUCCACGAUGGCGUCAUGGGUCUCCUGGAGGGCACCACCCAGACCAUCCAGGAGGUGCAGACCACCGUCACACAGACCGUGCAGAACCUCUUCGGCUCCGACCCCGCCCCGGCCACCAAAGGCUCUCUUAUCCGCAUGUCUAUUCAGGGUAAAGUUUCCAUCAAGAAGGCCGGCCAGAAGAUGAUGAAGACGCUGAACUACGCCAUCUCCAAGAAGACCCGCGGUUUCUUCGACACCCUGGCCUCCGGUGUGUCCACCAUCUUCCAGCCCGCCAUCGACCAGGCCUCCGCCAUCUUCAACAACCUUGUUGACUCCGCGACCGCCGCUGGACAGCAGGUCCUUGACCACGGCACCGCCCUGGUCAACAACGUCAGCGCCCAGCUGCAGCAGACCUACCAGGACAUCCUGAACGUGGCCCAGCCGUACGUGGAUGACGCCCAGACCAUCGUGUCCUCCAUCCAGAACCAGUUCCAGCAGACCUUCGGCGCCGACGCCACUGCCUAAAGAAACAAACAUCAAUAGGCACGAGUUGCAAUCAGAUACAACACGAUAAUUAUGCGUGAGAUUCUGUAUUGAAUAAAAUUCCAUCAGCAGAA